AUGUUGACUCAAUCGACGCGUACGGUCCCAUCUGGUGCUUCUAUUAAGGAGAUAAUCCCACCUGUUGUUGUUGUUGUUGUUGUUAUGAGACAGUUUAAUGAGAUUCCUCUUAUUUUGGCCUCAUUUUGUUUCAAAACAUCAUGGCCAGACAAAAGUUCAAGUAUUUUUGGAGUUGCUUCACUGUCUCAGGAAAGAUAUUUGUUAUCUGGAGCAUCUGAUACAUCACUUGCUGUCUAUGAUAUCCAACGUGCAACAGACUAUGAGGGAGGUGGUCUGAUUGCUAAGCAUAAGCCCAUACUUCAUGUCGAUAAGCAGCAUCAAAAUGAUCUCAAAUAUGCCAUAUCCAUAGCCAUAUGGUAUCCAAUUGAUACAGGUCCCUUGAUGAACUCAUGGGAAGAUUCUUCUGAUAGUGCUGUAUUUACAUCUACAAAUUCCCCAUCUGGCAUUGUUGAAGCUGAUACAGCUUUUGUGUCAAUGGUUAAUGGAAGAAAUGAAGAAAAGUUAACAUCUGGGGUGUAUGCUGGUGCUAAAAUUCAUUAUAUCUUCCAGUCAAUAUUUGUGAGCCGAUUGGAAAUUUAUCAUAUAAACACAUCACAUCCGAAUUUUAUUGGAGGAAAUAAAUCAGUGGAGGUUGCUUCACAUCAAGUUAGAUCAUAUAGGUUGGGUUCAACAACACCUAGGACAACGGAUGGAGAAUAUUCUGAAGCUUCCGGAAGCAAUCGGAGAUCUACUGCUAUUGUUGUUAGAUCUCCAACCAAUGGAAUGGUUCCUGAUCAAGGGAUACCUUUCAGAACAUCACAUGACAUAGUUGGAAGGGCAGUGGAAGAAAACGAAGCACCACAGAGAGUGUAUUCCAAGAUCGUCAAUAUCAGGUUGAGUAAAUUUCAUAUAAGCGAAUUGCCUUCACUCAAUGAUAAGCUGGAGAAGUUCUUGGAUCAUCUGGAUCAUACAUAUUAUAUCACAUAUGUUAGUAUAUAUAUGAAUUCUGAUGUACUUCUAAAUGUUGUUGAUUGUGUGAUUAAUAAAAACUUUUUUGUUUCAGCUAAUGUUCAAGUCAUUACUUGUCAUCUACACCCGGUGGACAACAACAAAUCUUUUGACAUGGAGGAUUUUUUUUGA